AUCGCGUAACUCCAAAGCAGUCGUUUAAAAAUGAUGGCGACGUCCGAUUUUCGGGCGUUGGAAUGGUGGCCUCGCCUCCUUCUUCUUCUUCUCCUCCUCCUCCUCCUCCUCCUCCUCCUCCAUCGCCGUAGUCAAAGACUAGCGCCGCACCUAAUGGACCGCGGCAGUUCAAGAUCGCAUCACGGCAGCGGCAGCGGACGGCGGUUGGACCGCAGCAAGGCCCUCAAGAACGUUGGCUAUGAGGCUGCUGCCGACGUCGAGACUCUGCAAACCUCACCCCACAUAGACCCACACAAGCCGUACGGCGACCUGCCCAACCUGAGGAUGCGGGGUUUCGAUGGCGAGUUCGAUCGCAUCUGCCGCAAUCUCGGCUUCUCCGACCCGGAGGAUUUCGGGAUCCCGCCAUCCGUCUGGGAGGAGGCGCGGAAGGAACGCUCGUCGUCCGACAACUUCCUCUUUGCCACUUCCCGCGAUUCCUUCUCGCGGUCUCCGCCUAGCUUGUCCUCCGAUGACUUUGUCUUUACCCCUCCCCGCGAUUCCUUCUCGCAAUCUCCUCCCACGGUGUUGACCGAACGGAGGGUUAAGGAGCCCGUGAACAGCGUACCUGUACCUCCUCUUGAUCUUAGUAGAGGAGGUGAGAGGGUUAGGCGAGCGGUUGAUCUUUCGAAUAUUAUGCUGCCGAAUUGGAUGGCCGAAUUGAGUCUCAGCCCUCCGCCUCCGAUCUCUCUACCUCGCGGCGACGACCGCAGCUCCUUUGUGGAGUAUUUUGUUCCCUAUCGUGAUGAAGAACGUCCUACCUCCGGACUGGAUGAUGAGGAGAGGAGACCGUCAGAAUCCGAUGAGGAUCAGGUGAGCGAGGACGGGAAGUACACUGGGAGGGGAGCUUCUGAUGUAGAAUCAAGCCAUGACGGGGAGAAUUUGAUGACGAGGCUGCGGGAAACGGACAGUGAGCUUACUGAAUUGACAUGGGAGAGUCCUGGCGACCCUUCGUCGGGGAAUCCUGCCAACUCUUCAUCAGCAGAGGUGGUUGUAACACCCAGCGCAAUGUUGAGGAGGAAUAUGUUGUUUUGGGAGAGAGUCGAAUAUCUUGGAAGUGGCUCGUUUGGGACUGUAUUUAAGGCUAUCAGUGAUGAUGGAUUUUUCCUUGCUGUCAAAGAAGUCUCCUUGCUUGACCAAGGAAACGAUGCCAAACAACGCAUAUUUCAGAUGGAGCAGGAGAUUGCACUCUUGAGCCGUUUUACACACCAGAAUCUAAUUCAGUUUUAUGGAACAGACAAGGAUGGUUCAAAAUUGUUCAUCUUUCUUGAACUUGCUACUCAAGGAUCUUUGGUGUCAAUUUAUCAAAAGUAUCAUUUGCAUCACUCUCAAGUGUCCGCUUAUACCCAACAAAUUUUGGAAGGACUAAAUUAUCUACAUAAUCAAGACGUGGUGCACAGAGAUAUUAAAUGUGCAAAUAUUUUGGUUGAUGCAAGUGGAUCAGUGAAGCUCGCUGAUUUUGGCUUGGCAAAAGAGAUAUCUAAGUUCAACUGGGCAAAAUCUUGCAAAGGAACUGUGUAUUGGAUGGCUCCAGAGGUUGUGAAGACCAAGCCAUAUGGACCUUCAGCUGAUAUAUGGAGCCUGGGCUGCACCGUUUUAGAGAUGUUGACUCGUCGACCACCUUAUCCUAACAUAGAAUGGAUAGAAGCUUUUUAUAAGAUUGGUAGCGGUGAACUACCAGUUAUUCCUAAUUCAUUGUCUGAAGAGGCUCGUGAUUUCAUCAAAAAGUGCUUAAGAUUUAAUCCUGAUGAUCGGCCCACCGCUGCUCAACUUUUGAAACAUCCAUUUGUCAAACAAUCACGUCGAGAUUCUACUGGUUCUAGACAAUUUUCACCGAUGACAGCAGGAUCCAGGCUACAAUGAUUAUGAAUUGCCAUGGAAGGAGAGCAUGUGUUUGGUGCUACCUCAUUCAGACAAUCGUCUCGCCUCACCUCAACUUUUGCAUGUGUGGCUGAAUCAUAAACCAAUCAACUGAUCUUAACAUGCAAGGGCCAUGGCCAAUGUGCGUUCUUCCAUGUGCUGGACAAACCUCUAGGAAAAACUGCAAAAAUCGUGGCUCAUCCCCAUAACUCACUGCAACCUUCCAGGUCAGGAACCAACCUUUGUUUUCUGCCACAGUUACUUCUUCCACUCGCAUAUCAAUGAGAAUGAGCAAGUGCUGAAUCCCUGUCGAGCAGUGUGUCAUAGGUGAAGUGUCAUCCUUGAGACCUCUGAUUAUGUUUAGAACUUUGGAGUGCGUUAACUAGACUACAAAGACAGCAAACUUCCAGGUCUGGAAUUGAUUUGCGUUUUGUGCCACAGCUUCUUCCACUUGAAUAUCAGUGUUAAUGAGCAGUGCUGAAUUUGAAUCCCUGUUGACGAAUGAGCAGUGAGUCUUAGCGCAGAGUCAUCCUAGCCCUUAACCUUUGGCUGUGCUUAAGACUGCAUUAACAUAGAUCCUAAUCAGAGGAUGUCAUCUCAAGCAUAGAUGUUCAACAGUACCAGCAGCUAGAAGAGAGACGCUUUCAAAUUUCUUCAGAAGGGUUGCCCAAGAGUUACUAGAAAUUGGAGAGUCUUUAGACUUAUAUAUUGAUUGCUAUAUUUGAUAUGUUUUCUUUUACGAUUUCUAAUUAUAUAUAUAUAUAUUUUUUCCUUA